AUGGAAAACAAUAUACCUGGCGCUUCUCUUCUUGGAAGAAAACCUGAGGAAUUAAAAACCUCAGAGCUUAGAUUUUGGCUUAAAUGUUGCAGAGAUGUGGGGAAAGGAUUGAAGACAAAAGUAGAGCUGGUGAAGCAAGUGCGUGACUACAUACAAACAGGUAAAGAUAAACAUGUUGUGGAUCCAGAUCUUCACAAAAUAUACAGCCGUAGGAAGGAAAAGCAAGGCAUGAAUUCUGAGCCUGACACUGACAGUAAUGAAUCAGUACAGUUUCCCAGCUCUGGAUGGGGAACUUCACUUGAAAAGAUGACUAUGUUCACCCGGCUUCAAAUGAAUCGCCAUAUUUUGAAGUCUGGAAAAGCUAUCACCAAUGUGGAACAUCACACCGUUCUGACUAGAUUAGUAAAGGCCAGGUGCUUUUUAGACGACAAAUACCUAGAGGAUAUUGAAUGUGCGAGUGAUUCCAGGUACUUUUUCUUUAAAGGGAAGUGUUGCCACAGUUUCAGGAAAAGUGACCCUCCUCAUAAUCUGAAAAUUGCCCUAUGUAUCUUGUCAGGAGAAGUGGUGAGUGCUUCAUGUUCAUUUGUGGCAGGAAAAGUUGGAUUCUGUAACCACGUAUUGGCAAUGAUGUUUAAGAUGUGCAUGUUCACUUUAUUUUCUUCAACUACUUCUAAAGAUCUGAGUGAGGAACAGGAUCAACAGUCCUCUGUAGCUUGUACCUCUCAACUCCAACAGUGGCAUAAAAAGGGUGGGGGAAAGAACAUUGCACCUCAACCACUAAUGGAAGUAGAAGUGAGGAAAAUAAAGGACACUGAAUCCACUUCACGUUUUAGUAUCAAACCUCUUUUGUAUGAUGCCAGAAUGAAAAAUACCCACAAUCUGGCUACAGAGCAAAAUCUCAAGAACCAACUGAGAUAUAUUAAUCCCAAUAUGGACCUUGUUCAAAUGGCUUGUCAUAUCAAGUGA